CCCAUUUCUUGUUUAAUUCCAUUCUUCACAAUUUUCCCACUGGUGACAAAUGUCAUUGAGCAUGGUUAUGAUUUUGAGCUUACAAGAAUGGAUUUUGAACUUACAAAUACAGAUUUUCUAUCACUUAAUAAGCACGUCUUUUGAAUUGGAAGUGUGAGUGUACGGCAAGUAGUAUCAAAGUCUACUUUAACUAUUCGUUAAUAUGAGACUCCCCAUUAGAGACACCGAGAUCAAGAUAAGUCUAGACUAUGAAAGAGUCAUUAGCUAAGAGAUUAUAGCAGGCUAUGUAUCCUUAUCUCGUUAAAAGUAAGAAAACAAAAGUUAUUGUUGUAUAACAGUGGUGAUUAAUGAAGUGGCAAUCAACAUUAAUUGGAAUGUUGAGUCUAUGACAGCAUAGUACGAAUACUAUUGCAAAGGUGGAAACAGAAAAUCUGAGUUGUUGUUUGUGUUGCACAAGUGUGAGGGGAUAGAACAAACAGGUAGAAGCAAGAGUGAGGGGAUUAGUAAAAGGAGUAUUUGUAUUAAAGAAGACGCUUUCUGUCUCUCAUACUUCAGUGCUGAAGCUCAUAUAGAAUCUUUGUCCCACUACCAAUGGUCAUCUGAUAAUUUUUUAUGGCAAAUCCAGUUUACACUCUACUAUUUCUGUUAACUCUUUUUCAUUCUGUACAUCUCUCGCACCAGCUCCAACCCUCUCAAGCCAAUGCCCUCUGGGAAAUCCAGCAGCUUCUCAACUAUCCAUCAGUUCUUAGCAGCUUUGACAACACUUGGGACUUCUGCAACAUUGAACCAACACCAUCGUUAACUGUGGUUUGCUAUGAAGAUAAUGUGACUCAGCUUCAUGUUAUUGGAAACAAUGGGGUCGCUCCAUUGCCUCAAAACUUUUCCAUUGAUGCUUUCUUUGCAAGUCUUGUUAGUUUAUCAAAUUUGAAAGUCCUCUCUUUGGUUUCUCUAGGCUUGUGGGGGCCUCUGCCUGGUGGUAUUGGUAAGCUGUCUUCUCUGGAAAUACUCAAUGUAAGUUCAAACUACUUCACUGGCUUCAUUCCAGUGGAACUUUCGUAUUUGUGGAAUUUGCAGACUCUCUUUCUUGACCAUAACAAGUUCACUGGUCAAGUUCCAGGUUGGCUUAGUUCUUUUCAUGCUUUGACGGUUUUGAGUCUGAAAAAUAAUUCACUCUUUGGGACUCUGCCAAGUGCCGUUGCAAGCUUGGAGAAUCUUCGAAUUCUCAGUGUCGCAAAUAAUCACUUGUUUGGAGAAGUGCCUGAUCUUCAGAAAUUGACAAACCUUCAAGUUCUUGAUCUAGAAAACAAUUACUUUGGACCUCACUUCCCUGCUUUGCAUAACAAAGUGGUCACUCUCGUACUCAGAAACAACAGUUUUCAGUUUGGCAUCCCGGCUGAUUUAGGCUCCUAUUAUGAGCUUCAAAAGCUAGACAUUUCUUUCAACGGAUUUGUUGGACCGUUUUUGCCAUCUUUGUUUGCAUUGCCUUCAAUUAAUUACAUCGAUGUAUCUGCUAAUAAGCUUACUGGUAGGCUCUUCCAAAACAUGUCCUGCAAUGAUGAACUUGCUUUUGUAAAUUUAUCCUCAAAUCUUUUGACUGGGGAUUUGCCUGCAUGUCUGCAACCAACCUUCAAGAGCAGGGCUGUUAUGUAUGCUAGAAAUUGUUUAUCAGAUGAAGAACAAGAGCAGCAGCCUUCUAACUUCUGCCACAAUGAAGCAUUGGCUGUAAAAGUUUUACCUCGAAAGCUCAAGUAUAAGAGACAUGAUUCUAAGGCGGUGCUUGCAUCAAGUAUAGUGGGAGGAAUUGCUGGAAUAGCAGUAAUAGGUAGUUUGAGUUUUUUGGUUAUCCAGAGAAGAAACAACAGGGUUGCCGGGAAGACACUUUCCACAAGGUUAAUAAUGGAGAAAGUGUCAACCGUCAACCCAGUCAAGCUUCUAUCAGAUGCAAGAUAUAUAUCAGAAACAAUGAAACUGGGAGCUAACCAUCCUGCGUAUCGUGUCUUUGCUUUGGAAGAGCUUAAGGAGGCCACUAAUAAUUUCACUCCUUCAAGCAUCAUCGGUGAAGGUUCACAUGGUCAGGUUUAUAAAGGGAAGCUGGCAGAUGGAACUCUUGUUGCCAUUAGAAGUUUAAAGAUGAGAAAGAAGCAUAGCUCACAGACAUACACACACCAUAUUGAGACGAUCUCAAAACUCAGACAUAGCCACCUGGCUAGUGCCCUUGGGCACUGUUUUGAGUGUUGCCCAGAUGAUUCAAGUGUCAGCAUCAUAAAUCUCGUAUUUGAGUUUGUUCCAAAUGGCACAUUGAGAGGUUGCAUUUCCGAAGGGUUACCAGGACAAAGGCUUAAAUGGACACAAAGGAUAGCAGCUGCAAUUGGGGUAGCAAAGGGUAUUCAGUUUCUCCAUGCAGGGAUUCUACCUGGAGUAUUUUCAAAUAAUCUGAAGAUAACAGAUGUCUUGUUGGAUCAGAAUCUUCUUGCUAAGAUUAGCAGUUAUAACCUCCCUCUUUUAGCUGAAAAUGGGGGAAUGGGGGGUGCUGGAGUUUCUUUACCUGGACUAAAAGCAAAUGUUAGAGGAAGGGAAAUUCAUGAGGAUAAAGAUGAUGUCUAUGACAUAGGCGUAAUCUUAGUCGAAAUUCUGGUAGGAAGGCCUAUCAUGUCCCAGAAUGAUGUCAUGGUUGUAAAAGAUAUUUUACAGGUAAGUAAUAAGAUGGAUGAUACAGCUCGAAGAAGCAUUGUGGAUCCAACAAUUGUCAAGGAAUGCUCAGCUGAGUCAUUGAAGACAGUGAUGGAGAUCUGCCUCAGAUGCCUCUCCGAUGAAGCAGGUGAUAGGCCUUCUGUUGAAGAUGUUCUUUGGACUUUGCAGUUUGCAGCACAGCUUCAGGAUCCAUGGAGACUUGAUUCUCACCACAUCCAUCACCUAAAUAUAUCAUCUCUUGAGAAAAUGUAGCCUUUAUUUAACUUUUGUUUUGAUGUUUAUGUGUCAAACUCAAGUUUUAGCCCAUCAAUUUUAUAUACCCAUGUGACACAAAAUUCCAACA